AGUUUCGUCGCGAGUCCUGAAUCAGUCGAACCGUUUUCUUGCUGAACUCCGUACACUGUCUGUGUGUGUUCUUUAGCCGGCGGGGAGUUCCCGUUGUCUACCGCGCGCCGUUUUCUCGUUGUCACGGUUCUCUUAUCUCUCCACAACGUGUCUAGAACACCUAGACUUCCUAGCGAGGGAACACACUUGGGGGAUUCUUCUCAGUGUCUAAGGCACUGUUCUGAUAGGAAAUGUAGAAUGUAACUUGAAGAAGUGCAUUCGAGGACCUCCCGCCCUCUAUUCCUAUCCUUCCCGAUAGAAGGAUUCUUCCCAGCAAGCUGCUUAAGAAGAUUUCCCUAAUCGCUUCAUCUCGGAAGGGCCGGAAAGAAGACGACACACAAUCGAGUUUCCGGUUAAGUGCUGUAAAGGAUUACUUCUCGUGUGCAUUUGCGAGUCAAUAUCGGAACAUAUGAUCUUCUCCAUAAUGCGAAUGGAAAUCGUAAAAGUGUAAGUUCUGAGUGUUACCACCGGAAGCGGAAGGAAGCUUUUGCUGUGCUGUAAGCGAGGAGGAGGAUUCUUUCUGUGACUUGGUCGUUUACCACUUUGGGGCGAGAUCGGCGCGAGAGAUAAUUGCCACAUAAAUUCAGUGCGAAAUGUUAUCCAAGUGACAUCGAGUGGAAAAUUAAGCGGGAAUGAUGUGGUGAAAAUUUACGGCCGUGGGGCGCCCUCGGAGUCUACUAGAAGGACUAGGCGAAAGGGUUAUUCCGCGAAUGUGGUGUGGUUUGAAACUAUGUGAAAUUAAUUGCCAUACGCACACAUUGUUUCCGGGCUCCAGUUAGAGAGUGUGAUUUUUUUUUGUUGAGUGCUUUACGACCCACGAGGGGCGGAAAUAAUCCGAAUUUUCGGAAUUCCAGAUUGGCCUGAGUGACGAGCUAGACCGAAAGGGCGGAGAUCUGCGCCAAACCGCCGCUGCCGCGCCGUUUCCGGGAAUGUGCCACACGUUUGAGCCCCCAACGUCCUAAAUCAACAGCCGGCAGCCACAUACAUCUGCCUGGUUCACGAGUUCUUGGAUCGACAGGCAGGCAACGCCACCUGUCGGAGGAAUGGCAUGGAUUCGCCUGGAUUUAUGCUAAUGACGACAACUGCGACGAUGUCGGAGCGCGUUAAGUUCAUAACAAUUAGGUGCUAGAUAAUUGUGAAAUUUGUUACUAGUGAUGAUGAAAGUUAGUAGCAGGUGUGAAAUGUGAUUCGACAGUGAAAAAUAUGUGGUUUUGAUACAGAAGUUACGAUGUGAAACCAUACACUUCGCCGUGAUGUGAUAAAUUUCAAGCAGAGAAACGUUCCUCCGAACAUCGGUAGAUCAGUGCCGAACGGUGAAUUCAUUCGGCGCCUGUGUGCGUGGCAGUAGCGAUAGUGGUGGUGAUACCGCUGUCUCGCCGGCUGGUGGUUCCUCCCAGCUGCUCGGGACGAAUCCUGCUGCUGCCAACGCUGCCCCGUCAUCACCUUCGUCCAGCAGAGCACAGCCAACGUCGUCCUCGUCGUCGUCCUCGUCAACGACCUUCGCCUGCGUCGCCGGAAACAUGGAUGAUGUGCCGCCACCACCCCGCAAAAGCUCCCUCAGCAUCGACCGGGCGGCGUUCCUGCUGCUGCGCGUCAAGAAGGCCUUCAAGAAGAAGCGCCAACAGCGGAAGGAUAAACUAACCCUCCAAAACAUCAACGAACCGAACGCCGGUACCCGUCUCCUCUAUGGUGCCCGCCCCUUGGAAAAGAAAGCCCGCCUAUCCCGCUCUCUCACUCUUCCUCUGUUCAACUUUCCCGGUACCAAUGCCUUCGUCGGUCGACUUCAGCAGCAACCGCAGCCGCUGGAGGCCUUCAAGACCUCCUCCAACAACUUCCUCUACGAAGCGAAGAUGGCCGCUUCCAGCACCACCCCAGUCAGCGGGAACAGUCCUAAGAUCCUGCUGACUACGGAUGACACGUCCUUUGACUACCGGCGCAAGUCUUCCGGCGGAAGUCUAUUCACCCCUAGUGGUGGAGCUCCCUCGGUAGCCCCCGCAGAACCGCACAUCUACGACUUCGACGAAAAACGUUCCAGCGGCGAUGGAUCGGUUGUGAUAAGCAUAACGUCCCCGACCGCCUACCAAAUUCCGACCUCCAAAUCGCUUGGUCUGAAUAACUUCAACUUCGUGAACCUUCAGAACGUGGCCAAUACGGGGCCGUCGUCUGCCUACAGUAGCAACUACAAUACCGGUAAUAGCAGCCUAAUAGGUAGUGGUAACAGUAGCACUAAUUUUAGCAGCAGUAGUAUCAAACGGGGAAGUGACGUGACGGCUUACGGGUCGUCCGCGUCCGCUCAGCUUAUUAGCAAUAGUACCAACAAUGCCAUCUAUCGACUAGCCCGGAUCAUCAAUCAAACAACGAAAACUCCGACGUCUCCGGGAGUGAGUGGACUUGGAAGUGGACUUCUUCAACACCAGGCCAACGAUGACUCGUCGCGGCGAUUGUCCUGGGAGAGGCGUGACAAGGACAGCAAGCGCAUUCCGCGAUCGUCCAGCAUCGAUUCGAUGGUGGACGCAGUGUGGAGUGAGUUUCCGUCGUCGGGACCCGGAAGUGCGCGUAAUUCGGUGUCUAAUCAGUCGGCACAGUCCCAAUCGACUUCAAAUGUGCCGUCGAGUUUGAACAUCUUUCUCAGUUCGAAUCGACGCGAGAGUAUGCUGAGUCCGUCGUCCAACCGGCGGUCGAAGCAUCAGCGGGGAAUUUCCGCACUGUUUGCGGCGGUCGAGCACGGACACCUGGAAAAAGCGCGCACCAUCCUGGAAAGCACCGACGUCGAUGUGAACAGCCUGAACAGCGAUGGCCUGUCGCCGCUGGAUGUGGCCGUGCUGAGUAAUAACCGCUCGAUGACGAAGAUGCUGCUGCAGCAGGGAGCCAUCGAGAAUGCACACACCAUCCAAGCGGCCGCCAACAACGUCGGACUGCAUCUGAAUAACUUGCUGUGCGAAGCGGAAGCCACCAUCCACGAGCUGGGGAAUUUCGACUCGGGCCAGCACCAGACGCAGCAGGCCGGAAGCGGGCCUGGCGGAGGAGCCGGCGGAAAGACGUCCUUCACCAACAUCAUAGCCCUAAAUUACAUGGUGGUGAAUAUACAAAGUUGUGGAAGCGGCGGCCCCUCGGUGACGAGCUGUACCGGUAGCGAAAUCGACAAACAGGUCGGCCUCUGGGAACGACGGGUCAAAGGCCUCCGGCGGAUGAUACUGGGCUGGGACCAAACCAAACCGCCCGACCUGCCCAACCGAAUCGACAUCGACGUGGCCGGGUGCACCUCGGUCAGCCUGCGGCUUUACGAACCCCUCGAAGGUGCCAUAUCAACCAAAUUCAAAGUGCAAUGGUCUUCCCGAUCGGACUUUAGCAACGUGGUCGGCGAGCGGGAGGUCAUCGAGUGGACCAGCUUCCACGGGUGCAUGGGUGCAGUGUGCAAUCUGAGCGAACUGAUCCAAGGUCGGAGGUACUUCUUCCGGGCUUGCGCCGGCAACAUCAAAGGCUGGGGACCGUACAAACUGUCCACGCCGAACUGUGUAGUGCCAUCUAGCUGGCGCGAUGUGGAAAGCCGCGAGAACCGUUUCGUCGGCAAGCAGCGCAACCUGGACGAUCUGUUCAAUGCGGUUAGGCUGGCGCGACCGGAGGACGCUUCCGAAAUCGUCCUGGACGCCGCGGCGCCAGCCAAACGAGCCAUCAAGAAGAAAACCACCAUCAAGCAGCUCUUUUCGGCGGCGUCCAAAUUUCAAAAAAAUCUCAAACGGGGCAUCUAUCUGGCGUGUGUUCUCUACCACGAGGACAAACUGCUGCUCACCAACGAGGACUUUGUGCCGGUGAUAGAGAUUGACGAAACGUUCACCAGCAACCUGCACACCGACUUCUACUGGCUGAUGAAGGUGGCCUGCACGUGGGACGACGUAAAGCUGCUGCGGAUGGACAUGGAACGGAACGCCUCAUCAGCGAUUCACUUCCGCACCAAACUGCUGUCGGCGGCCUGUCAGAUGCAAUCCGCCCUCUCCAUUACGGAUCUAGGUCAAUUAUACUACAAACCGCUGCGAGACGUGCACGGAACCGUGGUGCUAUCCUGUGUUAACUGCAUAAAGAAUCCGAAAAGCGUGUCGGUGCUAAACUCCCGCUGGAUACCGCUGAACAAAAUCCACAAGAAGUUGGCCCUCUCGACGGAGGACAGCAGCAUCAACGAGCUGCUAAUGAACUCCAUUCAGGACCAAAUCAACUACCAUCAGGUGUCCAACAUCCGGUUGGCCCGGGGCCUCUACGUGGGCUACCUGAAGAUGCAGAGCUCGGUGGACGUGAUCCAGGUGGUGGUUCCGGUGAAGGCCCCGAACGUCCUGCCGCACUGCAAGAUCCGAGACAAUCCGCACGUGUCAGCCGAGGAAUGGGAGCUCAUCAAGCAGCACAAAGCGCCCAGCAUCCUGGAGUUCCGUCCAAAGAACCAAGCCCCAACGGAGGUGCAGCUGCACUUCCUAGAAAUUCUUACCAAAGCCGUGCACAACCUGUUCCAGUACAUGGACAUCCCGAUGGACGUGGCCGUCGCCCAUCGCCUGUACGACGUCGAAGUGAUCGAACUGAACAACGAUGUAAGUUUCCUAAUCAUCUGCCCGCCGGCGGAAAGCAGCUGUGCCGUUCCGGGCCAGAAGGACAUCCUGCUGCAGCGGGGCGAUUUGUUCUCCAUGCCCAUCCAGGCCUUCGAGAUGAUCCACCUGAAGUCGUACCAGAGCAGUAUAGUGCAGAAGUACUCGCGGUUGUCAUGUAUUCUGGAGCUGGACACUAUGAUGGCCAAUCAUCUGCAUCGGGAGGCCUUCAGCACGUCGGAGCUGCAGAAAGCUAAGGAUCGGUUAGCUAAGCUUCAGGAUUUGUCUUCUGGGUUGAACACGGUGUGGAAGGGCGUUCGAUGGUUGAUGGACGUCAUAGGGUACGCUAGGGACAGAGCCAAUAUGCCGGAAUUGAACAUGAAGCAGAUCUUGGAUUACAAGAGCACGUACUUUGGAAAGAAGAGUGGUGCUGAGAAGAAAGGUGGCAGUGAAACACAGCUGCUGCAACCGCCGACUAAUCCACCGGUAUUUCAUAAGAGUAGUCCUGGAAGGGGUUCCUGGCCGGGGCCAGCUGUUGAACACCCCUUAGGGCAUAACGGUCUUCUAGAUGCGGAACACUCCAAGUCCGAGCAACUGCUAAAGUACAACAGUCAAAGAUUCCUCAACGUAAGCAAUAUGAAUUCGCGGAAGAACAGUGCCGAUUCGGCUUACUCCAACUCCGCCAACAGUUACUACUCGGUGACCGAGGUUGAACCGGAGAAGGAAUUUGUAACUCCCCGAUUACCACCCUCUAGGUCCGAAGAUACCCUGGUGGAUAAGAAGAAAUCCUCGGAACAUUCCAGCGCAACCAAGAAACGGCCUCCAACGAUGUACUCCAGCUAUUCGGCAACGUCUAGCCCACUGUUGAGUGUUCGUUCACCUUUCGUGGCCACCAUAGCCAGCGUAACGAAGGCUUCCGCUGGGGAAGACACCGAGAAUAGAACCGUUGUUCCUGCUCCCUUGAAAGUUAGCAAAAAACCUCGUGAUCAAGCAUUGAAGACGCUCAACCAAAUUGAACCGGACUAUGAACCGAUCGUUACGACGUACCUUAAGCCCACCUUGACCGCCCUACAGAACGAAGCAAAAGGUUUCCAAACAGCCCUACACAUUGCCGAGGAACCACAAGGUCCUCUGCAACAACUCCCACCGGACGUUUUGGAUCAUCGGACAAUGGCACCCGCCACUACCGUACCGGACCUUGCUCAAUCCUCCCAACGACGACCUGUUCCGCCGGUAGCCACUACAAAUCCUCCCGAGCCAACCACAGCCAGCGAACCUAAUCCUUCUGCAGAGCCGACCAGCCCACUGACGACCAGCAUCGUUCAGGUGUACGCCGCCUACGAGACCGGGCUCCCAAGUGGAACGUCCCUUAAGCUGCGCGUAACCCAGAAGACUACGGCACGGGAGGUGAUCGACCUGGUAGUAAAACAGCUCAAUAUGGCGGUGGUCCUCAAGGGCAAGGAGGGUCCCAUCUACGCCGCCGACAAGCUGGACAACUUUUGUCUGGUGGCGGUUAUAGGGGCCAGGGAACGCUGCCUGCGGGACGACUUCCGACCGCUGCAGCUGCAGAACCCCUGGAAGAAGGGCCGCCUGUACGUGCGGCAGAAACAUGAUCUCCUAGCAGCAAUCGAACAUUCCAACCGGGAUAUGGCGGAAAUCUAGUGAUAGGGAGCGGGUGGCCGUGCGAGUGUUUGUGAUUUUUCAGAUUUUUUAUAUGUGUGCGACUGUGUUAGGGGUAGGGAGUAGCGAUAUGUGCGAACUGUGGCAUGAAGUCGUAAUGAGGACGCAAGAGAUGGCAGGAUGAGUUGUGCUGAUCAGUGAUGAGAAAAGUACUGGAGCAAACAUUUACCGCCUCUACAUUUACAUCUUUCUACACGACCAUCAAAAUCCAAAGCAAACCAUGACCGUUCAAAACCAAAAAAUGUCACGGCUCUUCAAAACUGUAAUCUUCUUCUUCCUAACGUUUUUCAACCCCGAAUGCGAAAUGACUCGAGCACAGUGGUGACACGAUUUUUGCGGUUUUCGGGGUUUUGCAUUUUUGCUCGAUAAAGGUAGCAUGAAAUUGAACUUGUUUAUAUGUAUCGCAACGGAAUGAUUGUACUCUUUCUGUUAGAGCUAAUAGAUUUCAAUUAGUUGAAAACACUAGCGAAAUAUUAGCGAUUGAAUGAUUUAACACUUUUUUCAAUCAUUCACCUUGGAAUUACUGCCCGAAAACGGUCAUAGUGGAGAGACAAAAACAGUCAAGCAGUGUGUGAACCGUUGGCAGCGCAACGCCUGCACUGAACGAAAACUCCGGUCGCACAUUGAAUGAUUAUUGACUCAUCCGAGCCCCAUACCUAUUUUCAGACACAAUCAAGAUGAUUUUCAUCUGCGCGAAAAUCAUCUGUUUACAAAUUACUCCGAAUGAAAAUCAUCCAGUCUUGGAAUGAUUUUUAUCUUUCAAAUAGAUGCCUCAAAUUGAAUGAUUAUCAUACACACAUGUAAACAAUCCUUAUUCCAUUCUAGUUAAUAAUUUAAAAGAAUUCAAAACAAAAAAAAUCACCUUCAGAACUUUGUUGAUGAAUGUACAUUAUUAUUUAUUUCCACUACGAGGUUAUAAAAUGUAUUAUUCGUCAGUCUUCGGGAACAGAUGCCAACCUGCCGAACACAUUGUAUGAGCUCCAUGGAAUACCAGCAUAUUAGCAACCUGUGGUUGGUAGAUACCAUUAAGAAGUGUGAAAUAAAUGAUACCGAAGGGGCUAAUGUAAGAUUUCAAGUGCAAUUACCUGUUAAAUUCACCCAGAAACGCUUGGAAAACCACGCUGCCGUUGUUAUGUUUACGUAUAGAUUUGGAAGAUUGAUUUGACAUUCGACCAUCCCCUUUUCGUCUGGUACUUCAGACAGUAAUUGAAUGAUUUUUGGUUUGGGACAUGGAAGAAAUUAAAAUCCGUUAUAAAUUGCAUGCUCUUCAUUUAUGUUAUCAUUGUUCGAUUAGCUGCCUAAUACCAUUCUAUUGUGAUCUAAAAUUCAUCUCUGAAUUGGAUGGUGUUUGCUCAACAGUCUGUGGAUACAUCAUAUUCUUUCAUAGUCAUUCAAAAUGUGGAAUGUAAAGUUUUAUAAUCAUGUGAAUUACAAAUCAUUCAAUGUGCGACCGGAGUUUUCGUUCAGUGUAGUGAUGCUGCUGCUGCUUUGUGGUUUGGUUGAAUGGCAGAAUCGAUGAACUGUGGUGAAUUGUGGUCACAGUUCCCAAGACUGGUGCUGAUCGCCGAUUGCUGCUGAACCUAAAGUUCUACUUUCAUCUAGCAACUGGAAAAGCUUCCAUCCAAAAGCUGGAAAAGCUUCCUUCCAGAAGCUGGAAAAGCUUAUUUCCAGAUUCUGGAAAAGCUUGCCUCCAGAAGCUCGAAAAGCUUCCUUCCAAAAGCUUUCUUCCACAAGCUGGAAAAGCAUCCUUUCAGAAGCUGGAAAAUGUCCUUCCAGAAAUUAGAGAAGCUUCCUUCCAGAAGUUGGAAAAGCUUUCUUCCAGAAGCUGGAAAAGCUUCUUUCCAGAAGCUGGAGAAGCUUCUUUCCAGAAGCUGGAAAAGCUUCAUCCUUUCAGAAGCUAUAAAAGCUUCAGACAUCAGAAAUGCUGCUUGCGAUCGAACUACUGUUGUUUCCCUUCGCCGUCCUCAUCAGCUUCAUGCUCAAAAAGUUCCCAAAAGUGUAGCAUAAGUAAACCGAACAAAAUUCAAAAUGAAAGACACCGAUGUGAUAGAACCUUUUUUGUCAAAGAACCAACCGACCUUGGUUUUGCCGCCGGAAGGGCUCUCUAUUAAGCAGUAACUUGAUUCGCAGGACAUUCGUAGCGCGCAUUUUGGGAAAGCGUGACUAAGUUAGGCUAAUUUACGAUGCUUAGAACAAAAAAUAAGCUUGCGAUCGAACUACUGUUGUUUCCCUUCGCCGUCCUCAUCAGCUUCAUGCUCAAAAAGUUCCCAAAAGUGUAGCAUAAGUAAACCGAACAAAAUUCAAAAUGAAAGACACCGAUGUGAUAGAACCUUUUUUGUCAAAGAACCAACCGACCUUGGUUUUGCCGCCGGAAGGGCUCUCUAUUAAGCAGUAACUUGAUUCGCAGGACAUUCGUAGCGCGCAUUUUGGGAAAGCGUGACUAAGUUAGGCUAAUUUACGAUGCUUAGAACAAAAAAUAAGCUAGUUUAGAAAAAACAAUGAGUUCAAAGGUAAAUUUUUGAUUUCCAACGAGUUAUCCACCAUUUUGUAAAGAGUUGUACUGAGGGAAUAGUUGAUUACUAUAGUAGCGAUAGGGCGAGGGGUUAUAAUAAAACUAUAGAAAAUAGACUCUAAAUGUCGCGGGAGAAGACAUCCAAAAUACCAAAUAGCAGAUCAGCUGAAAUUGACUUUUAAUCCUAUAGCUGUGUACGUUCUGAAACUACUGAUAACUAGAAACAAUGGGCAUAGGCAAUCGCCCCAAAAGUAUUUAAAUCGUGUAGAUCGAAGUCUGGUAGCUCGAUUUUAAAUCAGUGUAAACGUUGAUGGCUGACAUGUUGUUAACUAGACGUUUGAGGCAGUUGUUAUAAGUUAGGAAUCCAAGCUCGAAGAGAAAUUUCAUCCUACAAGCAAGAGUUUAUCGAUCUUUGUAUUAAGCGCGAGGAAACUUAGUUUCCCUGUCAACAAGUUUUGCUGAUUUAGAAAACAGUAACAUUUCCAAAAAUAGAUAAACCGAUGAAACGGAAAUCUUAUGACCUUAAACUGAUUUUAGACGAUGGUUAUAGUGAACCAGAACCGCUCAUCAGUAUGAAUCCAGUACAACGUAGAGGGAGUUUAUCCAUCGAAUACUUGAGUAGGUUAUUCACAUCGAGCUUAUCUCCCCCCGUUAUAUGCGAUAUAUUCUGAACGAGAUGAAACCUUGUUAAAAAUUAUUAUAAAUUCAAUAGAAAAAUUGAUGUAGGGGGUUCAAACCUACCCAUAGAACCAAGCCUCCUUUUGUACCACAUAUUACCACCCCUGUUUGGGUUUGGACGCAGUUCGGGUUCGGGUUCUCAAUUAACGCAAAUGAAUGUAGCAAAUAGCAAAAACUUAUCAAAACAAACAAUCGAACAAAGAGGGAAACUGAAAUUUUGUACAUAGAACAGACCUGAGCAGAAAACUACUGAUCCCCCAUACGAUGAAAAGACACACACUAGAUAUUAAAAGAAACACACCAUGGACGAACGGAUGUAACGGAUUAGGAGCCUGUUCCACCGAGUCCAAUCUACUAGAAUUUAAUUCAGACAUGAUGCACAAGAGAUUCUCUAUACAUGUUGAUCAAAAAAUAUUUAAAAAUAA